AAAUAAACUAUCGUUUAAGAUUAAAAUUAAAAUUAAAAUAUAAUGAAUAUUGAAAAUUAUAUAUUUAUAAAUUUAUUUGUUCUAAAAAUUGUUGGACUUUAUCCAAUAAAUAUUAUAAGAUACAGUACAUGCAUUAUUUGCAUUGUACUUAUUAUCAUACCAUUAAUAAUAGAGAUUUAUAAAAAUUUGGAAGAUUUAAAUAUUAUUUUUGAAACAAGUUCUGUUUUACUGACGAUAUUACUUGCUAUAUUGAAGUCAUUAAUUUGGUUUCUUAAUGGAAAGAAGUUGGAAUCUUUUAUUAAUUUCAUGUUAACAGAUUAUUGGAAAUUCGGCAAGCCUGACGUUUUCAAACAUUUAGAGGAAUAUGCAAUAUUUGCUAAAAACGUCACAAAGGGCUAUCUAUUUUUAAUAAUUAAUGCCUUAUUAUUCUUCUUCAGUGUACCUAUUGUCAAUAUAUUUAUAAUUCAAGGCUCAAGUAAUAACUCAACUGUUUUAAAAAAUUUCCCAUUUCUUGCAUCAUAUCCUUUGGCUUUUUAUAACUUUCCACUUUAUGAGACAGUUUAUGUAUCUCAAAUACUGGCAACAAGCGCCUGUGGUUUUAUGAUGCUUGCAACUGACACUUUGAUUGCAAGUGCUUUACUACAUACAUGUGGUCACUUUCAAAUACUUAAAGAAAACUUAAAACAACUGAAUUCUGAUAUUUACCAUUUACAUAGCUUAAAAAAUAAUUCGAAAAGUGUAAGUGCAAUUUUGUUCAAAAUAAAGAUUCAAAUAGCACAUAUAAUUAAAUAUCAUCAAGUAAUUCUUUGGUUCUGUAAUAAUAUGGAAAAGAAUUUUAAUGUAAUGCUAUUUUUGCAAACUGUGGCCAGUAGCCUUAUACUUUGUUUUGUUGGUUUGCAAGUUUCUAUAGUAAGCAUAAUUUUGGAAUUAUGGAAUUUAUUUUCAGCACAAAAUAUAUGUUACAUUAUUAUAAUUCAUUAUCUAUUCAUAUUUCUUUGAUUAUAGACUUUAUUGGAUCAAUCUAAGUUGAUAAAAUUUGGUUCCCAUUUAAUAGUGGCAUUUUUCCAAUUACUGCUUUUUUGUUUUCCUGGAGAUAUAUUAAUCUCCCAGGUAAAAAUAAUCGUAGAUAAACGUGGAUCGCAUUAUUUUG